AGGUACUCAGUACUGGCUGAAACAAUAUAUCGGACACGAAAUUCUCUGAAACAAGAAUUUAUAUACAACGGCAAAUUGAAGAGUUACGCAUGGCAGACAUUGUGGAAAGCAGCCAGUAGUUUAAACAGUUCUGCUCUAUCAUCAAAGGUGAUAUAUAUAGGAGUUCAUGUUCGUCGAACAGAUUAUCUCAAGUACCUUAAAAAAAAAAUUGGAACGACAAAUGUUGUGACCAAAGAUUAUUAUGUUCAUGCAAUGAAAUAUAUUUUGCGACGUACAAACAAGAAUGGAAAUUCGAAAGUGGUGUUUGCUGUUACAAGCGACGAUAUGGAAUGGACCAGGAAGACUCUCAUCCCAGAGCUUGAAACGAACUUACAACUCAUGGGGCUGUCCAGUUGCAACGCUACUGUGAGUUGGUGUGGAUCUGAAGAUUACAGGAAUGAUUUGGCACUACUUUCUUUUUGCAAUCAUUCCAUCAUUUCCUACGGGACGUAUGGUGCUUGGUCUGCUUUAAUGGCUGGUGGCAACACAGUAGUUUUUAAACUAGAUCCAAGUGGGAAAAGAAGCAUUUCAGCACAAAGAUUUGGAAGACUUUUUGCGAAUUGGAAAAUAAUGACCUAGCAGACACAUUCACUGUAAUAUUGCGAAUUAUAACUCUACGGGUGAUUUAUGAAUUAUCUUUUAGUAAUGUGUAUGUGAA